AGAGAAUGUAUACAAUGGAAAUCCAAAAAUCAAUUAAGUUAUGAAAAACACCAUUAAUUGCUUUCUUUGUCCAGCUACACAUAAAAAAAUGGCGGAUAUCUAGACCUCGUUUAUGCAAGGUUACAUGGUGCGUUAAGUUACUGGAUGAAAACGGCUACAAUCGAGAGGUUUAUUUAUGAUAUUUAGAACUACUGGAGAAGCCGAGUUUCCUGGAUAGCAGCAUGAGCUGAUAGUUCCUGAGGUCUUCCAGAAGAGGUGACAAAAGAGAGAGGCUGACCGGAAGAUGCCAAGAAGAAAACAACAGAAUCCUCAAUCUGUCAAGUUGGAUUCUGAAGAUGGUUUAGUAACCAUUGGAGCUCCAGGAAUCCUGACCUUGGAGGCAGAUUUCCUUCUGGGACACGACCUUGAGUUUGGUGACUCCGACCAUGACAAGAUCCUAGGUCUGGACGACAAGUACUCAGACUCCGUAGCGGCUGAGAUCGGCUUCUCUGUGUACUCUCUGGGUGAUGAGGAGAGUUGUCUCAGUAUGGAGAGUGACGCAGACGACCGAGACCCUCGUACCGCCACCGACACCCGCACCGCCACGGAGAGCCAGUGUGACCAGGAGGAGGGCCCCGCCCCCCAGCCCGACCACCAGCCCCCCUUUCCCCCCUACCUGUCCUGCCGGGGCUGUGGCCAGGACCUAGUGGGACCCUACUGUCACCGUUGCUGCAAGGGAGGAAGUGGGGACUUCAGCGCCGCGUUCGGCGGCUUUCGCUACGGUUCGCGAUCACAGGCGGACGAUGGCGAGGAAGGAGACGGAGGCGGGAUAGACGGCGCUGAUGGAACGGACGAUAACUCCACGAUGGGUGACGACGGUCCGUCCUCCAAGCUCUACUCCUGCCAGCUGUGUGGCUUCUCCUCCCGUUACGCCAACCACGUCAAGAGGCACAUGAAGACUCACAACGGGGAGAAGCCGUACCACUGCCCCCUGUGUACCUACGCCUCAGCCCAGCUGGUCAACCUGCAGAGACACCUGAGGAUUCACACUGGGGAGAAACCGUACAGGUGUGACUCCUGCUCCUUCGCCUGCAGUUCCCUAGGCAACCUGAAGAGGCAUCAGAGGAUGCAUGUGGCGGGACAGGAAGCAGUCAGACCUGCUAGUGGACCUCCUAUUGGUCCCUCUGCGGGUGGGUGUGGUGUAAAGAGGCACUGGGAGGAUGAGCCUAGUGCUUCAACUGAAGCUGAACUUGUUUCUCCCACGGCUGAUCUCUUUCCAGAAGCCCUAAAGCCCGACCAGAACCUCCACGUAGGAGGCCAUAGCAGAGACUACUUGCCAUGCUGUGAUGGACUGACGGUACCACCACCGCCAGAGCUCCCUGAGCACCAGCCCUCAAGACUUCUGGAGGCGCCUGGCUGUGGACCUGGGACCGGGUCUAUGACUGGGGCUAGGGCUGAGUCUGGGAGUAGGACUGGGGCUUUAAGAGGGUCUUUGACCGGGGCUAGGGUCGGAGCUGUGGUGGGAGCGAAGUCAGAGGACACACACAGAGACUCUCUCCCUCCGUUCCCGUUCCUUUUCACCUGUCGUCUCUGUGGUAUCCCCCUGGAGGACGAGGACGGCUCCACCACCCAGAUCUGUGCCAAGUGCACCCUGGACAUGCUGAACAAAGACUCAUCCGGCCCCAACAGCCCCGGGGAGCGCGGGGACAAGGUCUACACCUGCAGCGCCUGUCCCUUCCUCACCCACUACCCCAACCACCUGGCGCGACACAUGAAGACACACAGCGGCGAGAAGCCCUACAAGUGCCCUCAGUGCGACUAUGCCUCCGCCCACUUCGACAACCUGAAACGCCACCACAGAGUCCACACGGGAGAGAAGCCGUACAAGUGCCACCUGUGUGACUACGCCUGUGGCAACCUGGCUAACUUAAAACGCCACCAGCGGGUCCACUCGGGCGCCAAGCCGUUCCAGUGCGCGGCGUGCAGCUACAGCUGUAACCAGAGCAUGAACCUGAAGAGACACAUGCUGAGACACACGGGCGAGAAGCCCUACAAAUGCCAGGAGUGUGGCUACACCACGGGACACUGGGACAACUACAAACGCCACCAGAAGAAACAUGGCCUCGCCACCGACGGAUGGGUCAAAGUUCAGAUGCCAGGUGCCCAUGAGGAAGAGGAGGAGGAGGAGGAGGAAGAAGGGGAGGAAGAGAGGGUGGUGGGACAGCCGCAGAGGAAAGAAGGAGAGAUGGUGAUGCAGUAUAUGUCCAGAUAAGAGGAAAGGGAGAGCUGGGCCAUACAUUUUAACAUGCAUUACAUUGGAAAAAGACUUGAAAAUAAAAGCAAAGCUACCAGCAAAAUC